AUGAAUAUAUAUAUUCACAGAAGCAGGCAAAAAAUGGCAGAAAAAGAGGAUCUAGUCCGAAAGAGAAUAUAUGACCAAAUCAUGCCUGAGAUACUAGCCCCUGCACAGUAUAUAGAAGACACGCAAAUUCUAUACUAUUAUAUACUAAUGAAUCUGAAUCUAAAGGAAAUCUUGCCAGGUGUGGAUGAGAAACUGCUUAGUAUAAUUCAAGGGCACCUCUACACAGAAAGCAUAGAUAGGGCAUACCUAACUCACCUGUAUAGAACAGAUAGAAAUACAGUUAAUACCGCAAGGAGCAUACUAGAUGGAAUAACUAUGUACAUAAAUGAAGCACUCGCCUUAUAUACCCCCGAAGAAAAAAAAGAUGCAUCUGUCACUGAAAGCAGCUCAAAGAGCAGUAAAGUCAACACGGGUGCAGAGUUUGUAGUCGCAUCAAAGAAUAUGUUAUUUGAUAAUUAUGAUGUAUUGUACCACAUGGCUCUUUCCACGUAUGCACACAACAUAGUAUACACACUGGUAAACCAUGCGUAUAAUGUUGUCAAGCAAAGAUAUAGGUGUGCGGACACUCCGAUAAUGCCAUUUCCUGAGUUAUAUAACGAAAUGGAGGGAGUGGGUGUGCACAGCUAUAUGAUAAAUGAAAUAAACACACUGUACAAAUUAAUGGCAUGCCAUGCAGGGGAGGAUGACCUAAAUACAGUGCUAUGCAAUAUCAGGAGUGCGCAUCAUCAUUACGCAAGAAUAGCAAGAAUUAAUGGGGCAGAGCAGAGGGUGGGCUGGUGCAACGCAGUUGUAGAGAUGUAUAUAAAGCAUGCAAUAAACUAUAUAGGAAACAUACAGACGGAAAAACCAAAAGCAAAGGCCACUUCACAGGGAGUAGAACUGAACUCUACCAGCAGCAAAAGAACAGAAUAUCCUAGAUCUUAUGACUAUCUAUACAAUGAGUUUGAAUACGAUACAGUGCUAAGCCUAAUUAGCAAUAGGAUGGACGCUACUGCAGACAUAUACGAUAGAUCAAAAAAGGAGGAGCACUUGCUUCUUGUGCUAUCAAGUCUUAGCGCGCAUAGCAUCAUGUUCUAUUAUGCAUACUACAUGCUAUUCAGCAUAUGUAUUGCGGUGGGCAUAGGGGCAAGUGUUGCGCUUCUUCUAAAUAGUUUAUUGAUAUGUAAAUACACAAGCAGAAGCAGCCUGCUAACUGAUGGCAGGUAUACGACAGCAGCACUAAUAAUAAGCAUCCUAGUGAAUGCCAUACACUUAGAAAAGCAUUUGCUGAACUAUAAGAAGAGCACGCUUGCUUUGAUAGAAUACGAAUACGAUAAGAUAUUUAUAAACAUGGUAUAUAUAGGCGUGAUAAGCAUUAUACUGUUCUACUUAAAUCCAGCUAUUCUGGCAUGGCCUGCCUUCAAAAUAUUUAUAUGCGUUGUUGGGGGAAUAUCUUUUAUACUAAGCCUAUUUGACAGCUAUGCCAGAAAAAGAAGUAUAUUAAGCAUAUUUACAUACCGUGCUAUGACAUACACCUUGUUUUGCUCGAUAAACAUAGCGUUUGUGGUCUAUCUUGUUUGGCAGUUUAAAAAAACUGAUAUUAACAUGUAUAUGGCAUAG